UCUUUGCCUUUUCCUUUUUUUGCUAAGAACUUUGUUUGAGUUAUCAAAUGAUGGUCACCAAAGAAGAAGAUUGUCUUCCUCCUGCGACGGAGACGCCGAGAUGUUAUUCCCCUUCUUCAUCUACUACUCCUCUUGCGGAGUUAGAGACUGUUCGAAGCAUAGAAAUCGUCGAAUCUUCCUUUCUCUCUCCCGUUUGGUUACUAGUGAUCUUUUGCAUCAUUAACUUGUUAAACUACAUGGAUCGUGGUGCGAUAGCGAGCAACGGUGUCAAUGGAAGUACUAGGAGUUGUAUUGAUAAAGGGAAAUGCACUCUUGCAACUGGAAUUCAGGGACAUUUUAACCUAAGUAAUUUCGAAGAUGGUGUAUUAUCAUCUUCAUUUAUGGUUGGACUUCUUAUUGCAUCACCAAUCUUUGCUUCAUUGGCAAAAAGUUUCAAUCCAUUUAGACUUAUUGGAGUAGGUUUAACUGUUUGGACUAUUGCAGUUCUUGGUUGUGGCAGUUCCUUUGCCUUUUGGUUUAUCGUCUUAUGUCGUAUGUUCGUUGGUGUAGGUGAAGCUUCUUUCAUUAGUCUUGCAGCUCCAUUUAUAGAUGACAAUGCUCCUCAAAAACAGAAAGCUGCAUGGCUGGGACUGUUUUACAUGUGUAUACCAAGUGGUGUUGCUCUUGGUUAUGUCUAUGGCGGAUACGUCGGAAAACAUUUUAGUUGGCGCUAUGCGUUUUGGGGUGAAGCUGUUUUAAUGGCUCCAUUUGCUGUUCUUGGUUUUUUAAUGAAACCUUUGCAGUUAAAAGGGUUUCCUUCUAGUGAUUCGAUAAAGACGGUUAGAUCAAUUGAAGUAAUGACUCCAUCAGUAGGCUCAGAGACAUCGAAAAGUCUUCAGGUUGGUAAUGAGAUUGAGCAUGAUCAGUUUGAGGUCUCAAUUGAAACUAGCAAGUCAAGUUACGCGAACGCGGUUUUGAAAUCAUUUACUGGAUUUGCAAAAGACAUGAAAGUUCUGUAUAAAGAAAAGGUCUUUGUUGUUAAUGUCUUAGGUUAUGUGUCAUACAAUUUUGUUAUAGGAGCUUACUCAUAUUGGGGACCAAAGGCGGGUUAUAAUAUUUAUAAAAUGAAAAACGCGGAUAUGAUCUUCGGGGCAGUAACUAUCAUUUGUGGGAUCGUUGGAACAUUAUCAGGAGGCUUUCUACUUGAUCGCGUCACUGCGACAAUUCCAAAUGCUUUUAAGCUCUUAUCCGGAGCAACAUUUCUCGGGGCUGUAUUUUGCUUCACUGCAUUUACCCUGAAGAGUUUAUACGGUUUCAUCGCUCUCUUUGCCUUAGGAGAGCUUCUUGUGUUUGCAACACAGGCUCCAGUGAAUUACGUGUGUUUGCAUUGUGUGAAACCUAGUUUACGACCAUUAUCAAUGGCUAUCUCCACCGUCGCAAUUCACAUAUUCGGUGAUGUUCCUUCUUCGCCUCUUGUCGGUAUCGUUCAGGAUCAUAUCAACAGUUGGAGAAAAACCGCGUUGAUUCUUACAUCGAUUCUGUUCUUAGCUGCGGCAAUAUGGUUUAUAGGGAUAUUCAUAAACAGUGUAGAUCGGUUUAAUCAAGAAGAAACUGGAAGUGAGAACCCAAGAAGGCAAGAACUAUCGAUUCUAACUCCAUAAAUACUUUAGCUAAAUAGGAAUCUAUUUGUGUUGAAAUUUUAACAGAGACUUGGUUUUUGACUAAAUUCAAACUUUAUAA